UCCUACGUAUGACCUUCGCCCUUUCCACCUUGAUGACCCCAAACAUGUAAAAAGAUGGGCGGUCCAACCGUUUUCUGCUGCCGUGUGGGGAAUUUUCGCCUCAGAAUCCUGUCUCUGGGACUCCACACCUCAAGAAACAACUACAGUGCAGCAGCCAGACUUUCCAGCCUGCGUAGCAAGCUGAAAUGGCCGAGUACAGCGGCAGCAGCCGCCCCCCUCCCCACCCCGCCGGCUGACACACCGGUCCCACGAGCGCCCCUUCUCGGGGUCCCCUCUGAGGAGGAGUUCCCAGAACGGUUCAUCCCCAUCACGCGCCGCUCGCUGGUCAUGCGCCUCAUGCAGCGGAUGGAUGGAAUCAUCCCAACCACCUACCUGGACCACUUCUCCGAGUUCUCUGACGCGUUGGACACUGCCAUCACCGACGAAUAUCAUAAGAUUCUAAUCGAAAUGAAGCAUGUCUUCGAUCCUAUCAACCCGGACAAAGAGACAAUGUUUGACCCGGUGAACCCUGACAAGGAAACGGUCGCGACGCGUCACCUGACGGAACACGAACGCGUGGAGAACGAGUUCUUCCUGAUACAGAAGCUGUCCUCGCUCAUCAAGAAAGCAAGCUACGUCGAGCUGCCUCGUCAUGUGGUGGUAGAGGCGUUGCAAGAUCACGUGUCUGAAAAGGGAGUAAUGGUUGACGUGAACCCAGAUGCAUAUGCCAUCCUGAAGUUCUGGGCUUUCGGAAAGGAAGAGAUUCUUGAGCAGACCCCAGCCUGGUACAGUAAGGUGUACAGCAAGCUGGCCAAUCCUGCACAGAAGGAGCCAAAGUAUUACUACAAGAGAGUAGUCGUGGCAGCCCGGCUGAAGAAGGACCAGCAGUUGAUCCUGAAGGGUUUUAAAGACAUCCCCUGUAAGGCUUUGGAACACCUGUUACCUGAUGCUCGCAUACGGAUGACACGUGCAGACAAGGGCAUGGUCUACACAACCAUCCUCGUAGCACUGUUUGGUGUCAUUAUACAGCGUCUUGUUUUAGUAAUGGCAUCUCUGGAGAUCCCCAUUUUGCUGAUGUUGGCGGCGACGAUUGCGUUUGUUGUCCUGCGCUCGUGGACAGUGUACAAGAAUAGACGGAACCUGUACCUACUGGAGCUGUCAAGAACGUUGUACUUCAAAAAUGUAUCAAGUAACAGGGGGCUGCUGACUGCGUUAGUGGAUCGAGCCCAGGAGGAGUCGGUGAAACAGGCACUUCUUGUGUACACAUUUCUGCUGGGGAGAACUUCCCCUUUAGAACUGGAGGCUGAGGAUGAAGGAGACAUCAUCAGAGGUGGCAUCACUGUGUUUGAGCUGGAGGAGCUCAUCAACCGGUGGAUACUGCUAGAAUCUGGUUCCAAGAUUGUCUUCGACUCGUCGGACGCGAUCAAGCUGCUGGAGACGUUCGGUAUCCUGACGGGGGACGACAUAGAUGACGAUCGGCGCCGUCACCUUUACGUUCUUCCCAUCGAGGCCGCCCUACGACAACUCCCGCAGCAGUCGAUGUCACACAGGCAUCACCAACCACAGUUUGAUGUCCAACAGGUUGAUACCAUGGCUGCGAGUAUUCAAGGCCUGAACGAAACAAUGAAAGACUUUGCCAAAAACGUCAAAGCAAGGCUACAUAUAAUAGAAAAACGGUUGGACGAUGCACAAGGUGUCCCUGAUGCUUUUCAAGCGUCUCCUAACGUCAAAGAUGUGAAAGCAGAGGGUGUUGAGUCAUCAACGACUAAGGAUAAAGAUAUGGUUGAGGAGGAAAGAAGAUCACAAAAAGACCAAACUCCAGUACAAAAGAACGAUAAGGUGUAGUUAUUGAUAGUGGACUUAUCAGCAUCUAUGUUGCAAGGGUAAAUUAUGGUACAUGGAAAAUGUGCCGAGCUUCCAAUGCAAUUUCAGGGCGGCAAAACAGUUGCUUGUUUAUAGUUCAUAAUCAUAGGCUGUUUAUAGUUAUGGACGGUACCAAAAAAAAAAAACAG